GCGUUGUGCGGGCCUUAGUGGCGGCAGUGCCAAGCGAGCCAUGGGGAGCGGGGCGGCGGAGGUCGAGGUGCGGGUGAGGGUCCCGAGCGGCGGGCCUGCCGAGGGCCCUUGAGCCGUUGUCCUGCUUCGGUGAGGAGAGAGGCCUCCUCUCCUCCCCUCGGCGAUGGAGGCGAAACGGAAGGAACCGCGCAAGUCUUUGCGGAUCAAAGUCAUCUCCAUGGGCAACGCGGAGGUAGGCAAGAGCUGUAUUAUAAAGCGAUACUGUGAGAAGAGGUUUGUGCCCAAAUACCUUGCAACAAUUGGCAUAGAUUAUGGUGUCACCAAAGUGCAGGUUCGGGACCGGGAAAUCAAAGUGAACAUCUUUGACAUGGCUGGACACCCCUUCUUCUAUGAGGUGCGCAAUGAGUUUUACAAGGACACCCAGGGCGUCAUCCUAGUGUACGAUGUUGGGCAGAAGGAAUCAUUUGAUGCUCUGGACAUGUGGCUUGCUGAGAUGAAGCAGGAACUUGGACCACAUGGAAACAUGGAAAACAUUGUCUUUGUGGUUUGUGCCAACAAGAUUGACUGUACCAAGCUCCGCACUGUAGAUGAAAGUGAAGGUCGGCUGUGGGCAGAAAGUCGGGGCUUCCUUUAUUUUGAGACCUCAGCCCAGACUGGAGAAGGAAUCAAUGAGAUGUUCCAGACUUUCUACUCUGCCAUUGUUGAUCUGUGUGACAACGGUGGAAAGCGCCCACUGUCCAGCAUGAGCAUCAGUUUCACCAAGGAGCAAGCGGACACCAUCCGGAGAAUCCGCAGUAGUAAGGACAGCUGGGACAUGCUGGGUGUCAAGCCAGGCGCCACCAGGGAUGAGGUGAACAAGGCUUACCGGAAACUGGCCGUGCUGCUCCACCCGGACAAGUGCAUGGCCCCUGGCAGCGAGGACGCCUUCAAGGCAGUGGUCAACGCACGGACUGCCUUGCUGAAAAACAUCAAGUAAAAUGGGGAGGACACGCUCUCGCCCACGAACAAGCUUCCCAGCCCCUGUGAGAAAGCAGCCUCCGUCCCUUCCGUUUCAGGCCAGACAAGGGGCAAGAACCGGUGGAGCCGCCGCUGCUGCUGCCACCGCCGCAGGGUCAGUGCAGGUUGCCUGUCCGUGGUGGAAUCCCACUCCACUGGAACGCCUCAGCCCUUGUGGAGGAAAGGGAGGGCCAGUUUCCGUGGCGGCCCUGCAUUCUGUUAUCCCAGAAGCGGUGCAUAAAUUCAGCCUGCUGGUUACUGUGGAGUCGCUUCUCUUGGCCCUGCACUUGGUCAUGUGCCCUUCGCCUCGGAUCCACGUCCUUGAGAAGUGACCUGUGGGCCCUUGCCUUUCCCCGCACCGUGGCUGUUUGUGGCAGCCACCUGGCACCUUUACUGGUUUAUAUGAUCUCUCACACGUGCACACACACACGCAUGGAUAAGAAAACAUGGCUGCUGGAAGUGGAGCACUGGCGCUGUUAUGAGCCGGAUAUGGAUGGGGCAGGAGAUGGGCUGCUCCACUCGCCACUGGAGCCGUACUCUCCAGGCCUGUGUCUCUGGUGUGUUCGCUUUCCUUCCCUGGGACUAGCAGGGCUUGUUCCAGACCCCUGCCCUUCCCUCUUCUCUCAUGUGGGAGUCACACACUGUGGCCCAAUUCCUAGCUUACAUUCCAGCCGAUUCUGAAUAUGAAUCAGCAGACAGGGAAUCCAUGUUCAGUGGAAGGAGAGAUUUGAAAUCCCAAAGCUAGGAAAUCUGUUUUAGCCUUUCAGGUGAAAAAAUGAGGGAUUUGCAUUUUCCAGAUCACUCUCUUAAAGCUGGUGAUCUAAUUAGUGAAUAUGGGAUACGGGUGCCAUUGUCUUAGGAUACGUUUGAAUCUGGGAAGUAAAGUAGUUGGUUUCUCUGUGGAAAGCCUCUCUCUGUAUCUGACUCCUUCAGAACUUGGUUGCCAGUGGGCUGUUCUGGCUAGCACAGGGGCAGUGGUUCUUCUAGCAGGUCUUCAUCUCUCCCUGCCUCCUCUUCCUCCAUUCUUCCCAACAGCGCCAUCUGGACCACCACAUGAUAAUAUAGCGGGAAGUAGAGGAGAGGUGGAGAGGCAUGUAGGCAGAAGUGAGACCCCUUCUUGGCUGUGUCUCCUCCCAGUUCCCCAAAAUAAUAGAUGAGGGGCAGAACAGCGGCCUGGUUUGCACUGGGGGGGGGGGCAUGAAUCGACCCACGCCUGCACCCUGGAGCCAGCAGUUGCCAGGUCGUUACCUGACGCUCUCUCGUGGGUCCCCACGCUUCCGCAGACUGCUUUCAGAAAACGCUGCCGCGAGCAGUUUCGGUCAGGAGAGGCCCUUCUGCAGGAGAGGCAGCCCUCUCAGGGUGGCCGAGGGCGAGCCUUGCAAGGCCGCUGGCCUGGGCAGCCUUUACUGCGAGCUUCCGCUUUCGAUCAAGCAGUUCAGGGAGCAAAACCCUUCCGACCUUGGCCUUAAUUCAGUUCUACGCUGCAGUGUGGCCAUACGCCUUGAGCAGUGGCGGUUUUAAGCUUGCAGACUUCUGCAUAUCCCCAGUGAUGUCCCAGCAUCUCCAGUUACCCUCUUGACAACCGGAGCUCUUGUCUUCUGACCGCCGUGAAUGCCCCCAUGUGCUCACGCAUUCGCUGUGCGUUUUCGCAGUUGCACUCUUCUGCCUUCUGUUUUGUGCUCCACACGGCGGUCUGCGUUCUCACUGCUCUCUUGUGCCAACUGAUGCUUCUGUUCAGAAGUUGACUUCUUCUGUUGACGUCCAUCUGCACCACCCCGCUGGCUUAGGCUGUGAGCCCAGUAACGGGUCUUUGCUGUCUACAGCCUGGAGCUUGUGAGACGCUAUAGCUCUUAGCGAUCAGUUCAAAAGACAGCAGGAUUGCCAAACAGAAGUGGUUUUUAAUUCACUGUAAAUGCAGGAACACCUCAAAGAAAAGACACUGCUUGUCCUUUUGAAGGCUGAGAAACUGGUCUGUCAGUUGCCCCUCCCUCUGUGUUAUCUUGCGCACUUACACAAAAGGAAGACCAGCAGUCAGGACAAUCCAGGAGACCUGAGCUUACACAGGGCAGGUAGGAGGUGGAAUCCAGUGAGAUUUCUUCUGCAGUGACAUUUUUUCCCUGUUACACCACAAAUUAAUUCUUCUAGUUCCAUUCCGAAGUUACUGGUUCCUAUCCUUGCUUUUGGGUGAAGAGCUUUUCUUUUCUUUUUCUUUUUUUUUUUGCCAAGGCUAUUGAAGUUCCAGUCAGCACUUUGCAGGAAAAAUUGCAUGGAGACUUUUUUAUUCUGUGACAUGACACCUUGCUUGAACCCAAGUGCAACACAAAGGAACUGAAACACCAAAUAUUGUGAAAGUGGUGUUGUAGACUGGUCAGACCUGGGCCUGGCAAAUUUGCCUGGUUGGCAGGCCACUAUGCUCUCAGAUGCUAGUUACUAAGCAUUUAAUGUCAAUGGUAAACUCUGCCGACACUAGUAUAAUUUGCCACAUGCUGGCAUGCUGCUCUGCUUGAGGCCUGAAUCAGCAAGGAAAGGGUAUCUGCAUGCAAUAGUGAACAGAAUGAUUGUGCAUGAGCAUCUGGCCCCCCUUCCUGUUUAUAAGCCAUGAGCAGUCGUAACCCGGCAAGGGCUCCUCCUGCCUUCACACCAGAGCUUGGUGCAAAAGAGUUCAUUUGCUCCUGAAGGAGAUCAAAAGCAAAUGUAGGCUGGUUAAGCUCUAAGCCAUAAGGACGGGACCUCUUUUUCAGAGCAUUUCCAGAGCAGCCGGCAUCCUUCCUUGCGAGUUGUAUGGUUUCAGUGCAUUGCAUUAAUGCAAUGCAAACAACUUACAGCAAAAGAUCCUCAACAUCAACUGAAAGUGUUGGUCGCCUAACAUGAGCCGAUGGAAAAUGCUGAAAUGUCUACACCUGCAUGUCCUUGUGUAGAAAACCUUGAAGUUUAUGUAUUAUUUUUUUACAAGAUUAAAUAGGAUUUAAAAUGCA